AUGUCAACUAAUUAAGAAGCAAUGGCCACAUUCUAUUCACCUAAAUUUGAAUAACAAUGUUAUCUUUGUCAACAUGGUUUGCAUGGCGUAGAACAGCAGACUCACUCAACAGGAAUCAUAGUAGGCGAACCUGUCGUUGUUUAUUCAACGCCUGAAGUAUUGGUCUCCUAAACUGUUGGCUAGCCUAUACCUGUAAAAAGGGGAAUUUCUCAAAGCAAUCAAAGAAAUGUUUAAGUCACCACUCCACAGAGAGAGAUAUUGCAAUCCAAUUAAAUUCAAAAUAGCCCAACUCUCAUAUAAUCUUAACAAAUUUAAUACAAUCAACCUAGACCAAUUGAACAUGAGACGAGAUAAACUUAUUAAAUACCUAUCGAAUAGUAAGUCAUUUAAAAAGCAUAACUUCAAAACUCGUAAUAAAUUUCAACCUUUUAUUCUGGAAAAUAUGAAGAACAGUGUUAUUUAUGUCAACACGGUUUGCAUGGUAAAGAAGUGACCACUGGCACACAAAAUAAUGUUGUUUACUAAACACCUGAAGUAAUAGUAUCUUAAGUAGUUGGUUAACCCUUGACUUCAAGAAACACCACAACUGUUUAAAACUUUUCAUAACUCAUCAAUACUCCUCCAAGAAAUAACUUCAUUUAAUCUCAACAGCUUCAACAAUCUCCAAUUUAGAAUAUCUAAUUAACUGUACCAUAAAAUCAAUAAUAAAUUAUUUCUACAACAAUCUAAUAAAUUUAAUAGUCUCCCGUCCAAAAUACAUAACUUAACGUUCAACAAUCUCAAUUCAUUCCUUAAAUGAUAUAAUAAACAUAAGUCUAAUAGAUACCAUAAGUGCAAAAUUAUUAGGUCAUCAUAGCACCAUAAAAUAUUAUCAAAGAGACAACAACCACUGCUGUCCAAGAAUAAUAAUACACAGCUUAGGAAUAGGUUGAAAUGUUUUGGAGAUAUAAAGUUUAUGAGCUUUAAGAGAGAGUCUAUGAGUUAAUGAAUUAGAUUAGUCUUCAAAAAUAAGGAAGUCUGUAACAUCAAAGAACUGGGUCUCAAGUCAAGAAAAGCACUGAAGAUUCAUUCAAAGUUGAAUAAGCUAAAUAAGAAAUUUUGUAAUUAGAAAGCCAAGUCAAGGUUAAACAAAAGACCAGUAUAGAUUUAAAAAAUAAACUCAAUCUUAUGAUCUAUCGAUAGGAUCCUACUGACGAAGCCACUAAAUUUAAGGAAUAAGAGCUAUAGCAGUUAAGACAAAAAUAUAACACCUUAAAUUUUAAACAUUAGAGCAAUGUAGAGGAUAUUGCAAUGACUCAAGCCAUUAUAGAGGCCAUAAAAAGUGGAAAGGGUUACAAAUUAGUGUCUGUUCGAGAACAAUAAUAAACAUCAAGCUACAACAAAUCCAGUCAAGGGCAACAGUAAUAUAAUUAAAUUAUAUGA